UUACCAACAAAGAUAACGGCCUCUCCUAGAUACAAUCUAACAACGAUAAUACCGACGAUAAUACCGACGAUAAUACUAAUUCGCCUCUACUAUAUAGAAGCACUUACAAUAGCGAAGGCGCUUACAAUAGCGAAAGCGCUCGCUAACCGGCCUACAAUAGGAUCAAUAAGCUUAUUACGAAGUAGUAGGCAUAUAAGGCGAGGAAGCAUAUAG